CUUAACACUACUGAUUUUCCUGCAGCAGGAAUCCUGUCGAAGGCUUCAUGUGACCUGUAUCGAAUCGUCCUGAUCGAAGAGCCAAAGACCUGGCCAGAAGCUCAAUCGUACUGCAGAGAGGAACACGUGGAUCUGGCGACGGUUCAGAGCGCUGAAGACAGAGCCAAACUAAAGGUGGCCGCAAACGCUGUGAACUUUCAAUCUGUUGCCUGGAUCGGCUUACAUAUAGUCGUUUGGCGUUGGUCGUAUCAACUCACGCCGAUCAGCUAUUCAAUGUGGGAUUCCUCUCAGCCGGACUUGUACCACACAAUCGAGGCCUGUGGGGCUGUACAUAGCAAUGGACGAUGGGGUGACAGAUACUGUACUACUCAAGACAACUUCUUUUGCCAAACUGACAAUCAGGACACACUUCAGGCAAAGUUUCAGCACAUUGAAACGAGCAUGACCUGGACUAAUGCUCAACUUUACUGCAGAACACACUACGUAGAUCUGGCCACCAUUACAGACAACACAGAGAACGAUUUCCUCGCAAACAUACUUUCUUCACUGAAUCUCAACGAUGCUUGGAUCGGCCUGUACAAGAUCCCAUGGCUGUGGUCGGAUAAGAGCAGUGUAUCGUGGUCCUCUGUAAAAUGGGAGUUUGGACAGCCUGAUAACGUGAAGGGAAACGAGAAUUGUGCGAGAGCCAAUAAUGAAGGACUGAUGGCUGAUGACACCUGCUCAACUCGACUGCCUUUCUACUGCCGCGAAAACAGGAAAAUAAAGCAUGUGAGAUUCACAGUCAAAUCAGACGGACAUCUGGACGAAUCCGCAGUGAUGGAGGCCAUAGAGAAGAAGAUGAAGCAGAUCCUCUCAGAUCAGCACAUGAAAAUCAGAUCCAGCAUACACGAGAGGCAGUGA